AUGCAAUUCCUCACCCUCCUAUCCUUCGGCCUAAGCGCCACAUCCAUCCUUGCAGCCCCAACCGCCAACCCCGCUGCCCCCGCCGCUGCUGCUGCUGAAGAACUUGCAAAACGCCAGCUUAUCUGUGGAACAACGUGUACAUUUGCACGACGGAGGGAUGGAAGCAGGUUUCGUCCGGUUAGUGAGAAAGAAGGAGAUGAGGCUGGCGGUGGAAUCAGGGAUAUUGAAGUGUCUGUUUGUAAAGGGGAAGAGGGAGAGAGAGAGGAAGCAGAGACGGAGGAUGAGGAGGAGGAAGGACAUAAUUUUUAA